CUGUGCAGAAAAGGGACUAUAAAAAUAAUCUGAUGGUGAGAGGGGUUGUGAGGAGUGAAAUGGCAGGGCUGGAGUGAAGGCUGGGUAUCCUGGUGAGUGGAGCCCUGACACUCCUUGCAGGGAAUGAAAUCAAGGUGCUUAUACCAACAUCUUUGACUGCAAAUGCUAACCCAGUGUUUGUUCCCUUCCCUUCGGGGGAGUUUGAUGAUGUCAAUGCAGCAGGGCCUGAUUUUCCAUCCCUUUCCCAGCUAAUCUGCUGCUCCAGUUUAGGGUUACAAAUAUAACGAGCUCUUUAAUUACUCCAGGCUGCCAUUAAUCACAGGAAUGGCAUCUGCCCACCAGGAAUUCACACUGGGAGCAGGAAAAAAAACCCCCAACUCCCAACCCGGUGUUUUUGUUUCAAACAGUAGAAAGUCCAAAUCUCCUCCCAAAGUGCCGAUCGUGAUCCAGGACGACAGCCUUCCCUCGGGGCCUCCCCCCCAGAUCCGCAUCCUCAAGAGGCCCACGACCAACGGCGUCCUCAGCACGCCCAACUCGGCCAGCCGCCCGGCCUUCCCGGUGAAAUCCCUGGCACAGAGGGAGGCGGAGUACGCCGAGGCCAGGAAACGCAUCCUGGGCAGCGCCAGCCCCGAGGAGGAGCAGGAGAAGCCCAUCCUGGACAGGCCCACCCGGAUCUCGCAGCCGGAGGACACCCGACAGCCCAACAAUGUGAUCCGGCAGCCGCUGGGCCCCGAUGGCUCCCAGGGCUUCAAGCAGCGCAGAUAAGGGCGGAUGUGCCGCGGUUCCGCCGUUCCAGAAAGCCGGGCCCCCGGCACGGACACACGGACCUGGGCAAGGGGGACUCCCGGCAUGAUUUGCACUGUGACCCCUUCGCUCUGCCCACUGUGACCUUCAGCCCCACGCACUGUGACCUCCCCUCUGCACCCACUGUGAGCGGCGAUCCCGAGGGCUGUCCCGAGGAUCCAGCGGGAGAAGGAGGGGGGUGCCGGACUCGGGCACCGGGAGCUGCGUGUGCCGCUCGGGUCGGGGCUGGCGCCAGCAAUAACGUUUGUUGUACUCGAAACCCUGGCAUUUAAGGAAAAAAAAAGAUGGGAAGCGUCCCCAGCCACGCAUGUUGUCCUCAUCACUUCCAGAGCGAGUUCUGUUUCCGAGGAUUUUGGGUUCUUCUGUUUGAUUUUCUGUUUGUUUUCUCUGUCUGGGAUCGGCCGAGUGCGUGGGAAGGGUUUGACCUGUUUGUGUUAAUCCACAGAGGUAGUUCAGUGUUCCCAAAGGAAUUCCAAU